ACGUAUAUUAGUAUUAUGGUUUCCACUAUAUCGAAGAUAAUCCAAAGUUUAGCUUUUCUGGUUUAGAUGUGUUCUAGAUCUUUAGUCGCAUAGAACAAGGCUUAUGACGUAAUUUAUUUUUGGAAGCAAAACAAAUCAGAAAAAAGAAAUUCUGUACCUUUAAUCAUUAACCUUCGCUUAUAGUCAUCGAGUUGCUGCAAUAAUAAUUUUUGAAUGAUCCGUCUCGUUACAGUACUUGCCAGAUAUAUAAUAGUGAACAUCUCGCCUAGUAACGUGACAGAUAACUAAUCAAUUCUUCUAUUUAAUUAAAAUAAUGAACUAAAAAAAAGAACAAUUGAUUUUAUUAAACUUCGUUUGUUCUUUAGUUUUAUCCAUAUGUUAAAUAAUGUCAGAGUAUAAUAACGACUAUCAUGUGAAUAUAAACCCCACUAACCGUUACGAUCCCAACUUUAAAUCAUUGAACAAUGCCUUUACCAAUCUGACUAAAUUAUUUCAGCAUCCAAUACCUACAAAUUCCAAAACUAUUGCAUCUAAAGAUUUGCCAUCAACCGUUAGACCCAUAGUAAACCCUAUAAACACCCUCGAUUAUUAUGAUUAUAUAUUUGAUACAAGACCAUAUAAUCAAUAUCUUCAGAAUCAUUUAGUAAGAUCUAUCAAUAUAAAUAUUCCAACAACAUUACUUAAAAGAAAAUCUUUAAAUCUACUGAGUAUUUUGGACUUAAUUAAUCUACCAUCUGAAUGUAAGACAAGAUUAUUAAAUUCAACCUCCACUGAUGUCAUCACUAUACUUUUAUAUGAUCAUGAUUCAACAAAUUUAGCUCUUAAUUCCAAUUUACAUCAAACUUUAUUAAAGUUUCAUCUUUUUAAUCCCAAUUUUAAUUUGUUUUAUAUGGGAUUUCAAAAUGCAGUUAUUGAACCUGAAUUAUUAGAAUCAGAGUUCACAUCUGAUAGUAUUUCCACAAGUACUUCAUUAUCAAUGGGUAAUUCCUCAUCUAAAAGUGAAAUCAUGAGUACUACAAAAAUAAGUUAUAGUGAUGAAUUUGUUAAUACUAUUAAGAAGAAAUCCGAUGAAUACUUUAAGGAUGAUUACACUUUUAAUACAUAUGAUCUAAAAGUAUUUCCUCAGUGGUUAGAAUUUUUAAAUUCAAAAUCAGAAGAUGUCAUAUCUAAACUAUUUAAUAAAUUUAAUAAACUUGAACAAAGCGAAAGACUUCGUAUUAAGUCCUUAAUAUCUUCCAAUAUGAAUUCUCCACUUCAUGACAGUGCAUUGUGUACUCCAAAUACUUUAUGUCCAAAUUGUGAUGUUAUUAAUUAUAAAUUACCGGAUGGAAGUAUUGAAAAUGGAUUGAAAAAUCGUUAUAAAAAUAUCUGGCCAUAUGAACAUUCUAGAGUUAAAAUCAAUGAUCAAGUGGAUGAUUACAUAAAUGCAAACUUCAUAAAUUGUAAUCAAAUCUUGAACACUUCACGUAAUAAUUACAUAGCCACUCAAAAUCCUUUGAAUAACACUGUUGAUGAUUUUUGGAAGAUAAUUAAUGAUUUUCAAGUAAAAAUUAUUAUAAGUUUAGAUUCGAUGGCAUCACAUUCAUAUUUAGAUAAAUUAAGCUCGGUUGAAGUAAUAAAAUCUACUUCAAAUUACAUUGUUAGAAAGCUCAAUAAUGAAAUAUAUCAUUUUCACAUAUUAAAUUGGGCGGAUUUUGGUGUUCCUACUGAUUUUAAUAAUUUAUUGGAAUUGAUUGAUCUUAAAAAUAAAUUAAUAAAAGAAAACAAUCUUGAUGAUUCACUCGUUUUAGUUCAUUGUUCAGCCGGAUGUGGAAGGACAGGAGUCUUUAUUACAAUUGAUACAUUGAUUAAUAAGUAUAAUCAAUCCAGAGACUUAUUCUUCAAAGAUACUCUACUGGAAAUAUCAUCGAAUCCCAGCAAACCAACUGAUUUAAUUUAUAAGAUAAUUAAUUUCCAACGUACUCAAAGAAUUUCCAUGGUUCAGAAUUUUCAACAAUAUCUUCUUUGUUAUGAACUUAUCUUACUUUACUUAAAGAACAUUGAACAACAUUCUAAUGUCUAAUCAUCUUCGUCAUCAUUACUUUGCAUAGUUUCUAUUUUUUUUUUUACAUUCUCGCAUAUUAUGAACUAUAUCACAAUUGCAUUCACUUUACAUUAUAGGUUGGUUUUAAUUUUUACAUUCAUUCAUCAAGUACCGUUAGAGUUCAUAAACAAUACCCGGUUAUUAUAUAUUAAUUUGUAACUAUAUUAUAUA